AUGGCUUCCAAGAUCGAAAAGACGCUUGCGCGACAACGUGAAAAAAUCGCCGAAGGCCAAUUCUACGAAGCCCACCAACAACUCCGCGUAAUCGCAUCCCGCUACACCAAAGCCUCCGAUUGGGCAUCCGCAACCUCCAUCCUACAUUCUGGCGCGCUGUCACUUCUUCAGGCAGGACAAGGUGGCUCGGGCGGUGACCUAUGCAUAUUCCUCCUCGACGUAUACAACAAGGGGGAGGUGAAGGUAGACGCAGAGAGCAAAGGACGACUACUAGGCCUACUACGCGCCUUUCCCAAAGAUGAGCCUACAAAGAAGAAGUUCGUAGGCGAGAUGGUAGCAUGGAGUAGUCGAUUUGGCGACUAUCCCGCCGGCGACCCAGAGAUACAUCAUGUCGCGGGAGGACUAUACGCUGAAGACCUCGAACCCUACGAAGCAGAACGCCACCUCCUCCUCGGCACCCAAGACUCCGCCUCCACCCUCUCCUCCCUCCACUACUCCUGGUACACCUCCGACGCGCCCCACACCGCGCCCCUCUACCUCGCCCGCGGCACCCUCCCCUACCUGCUCACAGGAAACCUGCGCGCCGCAAACAAACACUACCUCCUCUUCACCUCGUCCCUGCAACGCGCGCCAAACCCGCCCACGCAGCCCGUUUCUACAAAAGCCUCCGACUUCACCGUAUACCCUUCACUACCGCUGUUGAACUUCCUGGGACUGUUGUUGCUGAGUGUAGAGCGCGGGGACCCGAGUUUGUGGAGGCAGCUCAAGAGCCAUUAUGCGGGGGAUCUGAAGGAUGUGAAUUGGGGGGAGGCGUUGGAUCAGGUGGGCGAGAUGUAUUUUGGGAUUAAGAUUCCGAGGCAGGGGAACCCGAUGUUUGAUAUGCUGGGGAGUAUGUUUGGGGGUGGGAUGGGCGGUGGUGGUGCGCCGGCGAAGAAGGCUGUUGGUGGGAGGCCGCCGGCUGCUGGGCUGGAUUGA